AUGCUUGAGACCAGCAAUUACUCGCUGGUGCUGCUGAUCCAGCUGACACUGCUGACCUUUGACCUCUUCGUCAACUCCUUCAGUGAGCUCCUGAGGACCUCUCCUGUAAUCCAGCUUGUGCUGUUCAUAGUUCAAGACAUCAGCUUGCUGUUCAACCUGUUCAUCUUCCUGCUGAUGCUGUUCAACACCUACGUGUUCCAGGUGGGCCUGAUGUCCCUGCUGUUGGAGCGCUUCAGGGUUCUCAUCAUGCUCUCCGUCUUCUACCUGUUCUCCAGCGUCUCCUUGCACUCCUGGAUGAUGAAUUUACGCUGGAUGAGAGCUGACCAUUACGUGUGGACAGAUGGACUGCUUUUCUUGUAUGGCCUACAGAGAACUGCGGCCGUGUUGUACUACUAUUACUACAAGCGGACGGCCGAGUAUCUGGGAGACCCACGCCUCUACAAGGACUCCCCCUGGCUACGAGAGGCCUUUGCACGGGCACGCCAGUUAUGA